CUCCAUAUUAUAUUGGUGAGUUCCCUGAAAGGUUUUCUUUUAUUAUCAUUCAACCGUUUUAAUAUGUGCUCUUUAUUAUUGUUGUAUUUUGAGUAGAGUUACAAUGUCUGUCUGAAAACACAUCCCAAUUGUUUUUCUGCAUCACAUUAAACGGGAGGGAAACGCCAUUCCGAUUUACGAAAACUUCGCUUAACGCGUGCGGGUAUUUUUUUGGCGAACGCAUCCCUUUCGUUAACCGAGGUUCCACCUGCAAGGGUGCCUCGCGAGAUGACGUCACGCCGCGAGCGCCGAGCCCAUUGGCUGACGGCUGCUCCCGUGACCCCCGACGACUUCCGCAUCUUCCUGCUUCAACAUUUUGGGCGGGAAGCGGCCGUGGUGGGUCGCGAUCUCCGCUCUCGCCUCUCCCCGCCCUUCUCCUCUCUCUCCUCUUCUCUCCUGUCCCGCAUGGAGGAGGAGGGCUACGCUCGCGUGCCGCCGGGCGGCCUGCAGGAGAACUACCUGAGCCUGGACGACGUGCUCAUGACGCACGGCAAGGUCCCGUGCCGGGUGGAGGUGGCGCUGCCGCGGCUCGGGUUCCUGGACAAGAGCAGCGACGACGCUGGCCUCCCCGCGGGCAAGCAGAUGGAGCUGCCGCUGUGGAUGGCCAAGGGGCUGAGCGACCGGCGGCGCGUCGUGUCCGUGGAGACGCCGCGUGGGUACCGCCAGGGUUGGCGCACCGUCCUGGGCGCAGACCCGGGCGUCGUGGACCUGCACAAGAUGGGGCCCUACUACUACGCGCUGGGCACGCAGCUGCUGCACUUCGAGAGCCCCGAGAGCGGGGAGAUCGCCCAGGCGCUGCUGCAGGCAUUCUCCGGGCGUUUCCGCCGCGUAAUGGACGCGUGUCAGAACGCGUUUGACGAGGACACGUCGGCGCUGACGGCGCCGCUGGACGUGAGCGAGCGCGCGCUGUUCCGCCGUGGCCAGCGCAGCCUGGAGGCCCUGGCGGCGUGGGAGCAGGGCCGUGCCUCGCAGCUCACCGCCUCGGCCAUCGUCAGCAACAUGAGGAAGCGCAAGCUCGCCGACCUUGACAGGAUGUGAAGGCGCUGUGCCUUACCGUGCCCCCGACGUGCGUGUAUCGUUUGCGAUACAAAAAACGGUUAGAGUUGCAGGGCAAAGUGCCGCUUUACAGUGUUUAGUGACACCAUUGGUGAUGUCAUUCCCAUUUUUGGCUUAUCCGUCAGUUUUAUCUAAAUUGUGCUAUCAGUGUCAUGCCAUGAGAUCAAAAAUUAAUUCAGGGCUUUCGCAGAGCAGUGCGACCCCCCCCCACCAACCACCGCCAAUGUUUGAGAAUAGCCCACACGAGCAAAGAUCAGAGCUCCCUCUCAGAUCCCUUCAAGUGGCUUCCGGUCCACACAGAAGGGAGCAACAUUUAUUUGUUGAUUCAAGGGCAGCAGCUCCAAUGCACGAUUGAUGCGGAGGCUAUAGCGCUGGAAAUUAAACUUACGUGGCCGUGACUUAAAAAGCCUUUUUGCCGCUCCCCCCAUGAAUUAAGUUUAGAAGUUGAGUUCGAGCCACGAUAUACAGCCUGGUUAUGUAUCUAGUCAGGCGGUGGUGGCUAUGCACACCUAUGAUCCAGCACUGGAGGCAAGGGUUGGUGGAUUGCACAAAUAUUGCGAAAUUUCUCCCGUAGGCGUUGAGGUGCCAUUCCCUGACUUAAUACAGAUGGCAUUACGUAAUAUAAUCUGUUUCUUCUGUAAGGGAUUGAGUGUUGCCCCCCCUCCCCCUUGCAUGUGUGGGUUUUCUUCGGAUGACAAACAGUUCAUACAUUCUAAUCGGGAUGCCCUCUUGCUCCUGGACUAUUCAACAUAUUAGAAUAGUCUGAGAUGCCUUCAAUCAUGCUACGAUUGUUCGAAUGGGAAGGCGAUCGUUACGCUGGGAAAGGGGUGGCUCCCUGAUCCACCGUAUUUUAUGUAUGUCGAUGAUCUUCUAAUUGCGUCUCUGCAGGAAGUUGGAUACUGCUGCCGAGGCUGGCGUGGCGUUAGCCACGAUAAAGUUGGGCCCGACCAUAAACCCAACCAAAAGUGUAUAUAACCUAAACUGGGUUUUUUAUUAGAAUUCCAACUUUUUUUUCUGGUCAUUCCUGAAUAUUUGUGACCACACUGCGAUUUUGUUCUAACAUUCAUAUGCAGUCCUCCCCAUUACAUUUAAAAUGCACUAUCUAGGUCUCUACGUUUUUCCUUCUAUAUUUUUCUAAUCACACCAAGCUUGGGUGUCCAAAUUACUUUGCUUUCUGUCUAUAAUUGUCUGACUAGUCUAGCUUUUUCACAUCUCACAGUACACUUAAGUAAGUUUUUCUGUCCACAGGACAUGUACAAUUCUUCUCCACAGCAGCGCAGUUCACAAGCUGUGAUCUUCCGCCUACGUGUAUUCAUUACCCGAGUUUCACAUACAUUCCAAUUGGAAAUUUGUGGCUCUGAUGAUAAUUGUCUUUGAAAUGCUUGUUCAUUGCAUGGAUUAGUCAUUUUCAAUUUGUAAGCAUAUUUAGUAACAACACCACGAAGUAAUAUGAAUGUGUUUAAUACAAACUAGAUUCGAAGCUUUCGUGACUGCAGGAAUUACUCUUUGGUUCUUUCGGUAAAGUUACGUAGAAAAUAAAAUCAAGUAAUAAUAGAAUACGAAGUUUCGGUUGCAACACAAGCAGCCAUCAUCUCUGCCCCGGCCUCUCCCCCCUCUAUUUAAGGUGUCAGCACAGAUAAGUUGUCUUGUCUUGAUGUGUCUCGCUCGGUGUGUCUCUGCAUGUGUCUGCCUAUGUUGUUUCCGUGUCUGUGUUUUACCAUUGGCUGCUUGUGUUGCAACCGAAACGUCGUAUUCUAUUAUUUUAUUUUCUACGUGACUUUACCGAAAGACCAAAGAGUGUUUAUUACAAUAUAAUAAAUGAGUGAUUAAA